AUAAACGCCUGUUCAUAACUUAAGGGCUAUUACCCUUGAAAAUUGAUCUACUGAUAAGUAAAUGGUUACUAUUUACUUGGAAUAACGUCAGCUGUUUAACCGCAAUAUUUUUUGUUAUGCGUUUUAUUUAACUUCCGCCGUGGCCGAAUUGUAAACAUUAGUUACAAUACCGAAACUUGAUCUUCUAUUUGCUAUGAAACUGAAAAUUUCUAAGAAGGAUUAUACUGCAAUAUGUGGAUUACUUGUGUUUUCUCUGAACUUGACAACACAUGGCAACGGAUAAACAACAAUGGUAAAAUAAUGAAAUAAGCUACAGAUGCCUUGGCAAAACCACUUGUGUUCAAGAUGAGUUUGCGAGGGUCUGGUGGGUUCCUAUGGGAUGUGACAAAACCUCUAGGCCAAGGCGCCACUAGCAUGGUGUACAAGGGCCGUAACAAGAGCACUGGUGAAGAAGUGGCAGUGAAAGUCUUCAGCCAGGCCGCUCACAUGAGGCCUGCCGAGGUCCAGAUGAGGGAAUUUGUUGUCAUGAAGAAACUCACUCACAGAAAUAUUGUGCCUCUCUUGGCAAUUGAAGAAGAGCAAGGGACAAACAACAAGGUGAUAGUGAUGCAGCUUACGGAGCACGGGAGCUUGUACAACAUGCUUGAGGAGCCAAACAAUGCAUACGGACUUCCCGAGGAGGAGUUUCUUAUUGUUUUCGACCAUGUCACUGCUGGAAUGAAGUACAUGCGGGAUAAUGGGAUUGUCCAUCGAGAUAUUAAGCCAGGAAACAUCCUUAGAUAUAUCGGGGAAGAUGGAAGGUCAAUAUACAAGUUAACAGACUUCGGGGCUGCAAAGCAAGUAGAGAAUGAUGAAGAACAGUUUAUGUCGCUCUACGGAACGGAAGAGUACCUGCACCCUGAUAUGUAUGAGAGAGCUGUUUUACGAGCUCCACACAGGAAGCAGUUUACAUCUAAAGUUGAUCUUUGGAGCCUCGGGGUCUCGUUUUUCCAUGUUGCUACGGGGAUGCUGCCGUUUAAACCAUAUGGAGGUCGCAAAAACCGGGAAAAAAUGUUUGAGAUCACACGGCAUAAGGAGAGCGGGAUGAUUAUGGGUGUACAGCAUACAGAGGGCGGGGCCAUUGAAUGGAGCCGUGAAUUGCCACCCACGUGCAGACUGUCUGUAGGCGUAAAACACCUGAUCACCCCGAUAUUUGCCCGAUUACUCGAGGCUGACCCCCAUAAAGUCUGGAACUUUGAUGAAUUAUUCCUCAAUGUGGAGGGUAUCAUCAGAAAACGAGUUAUCCAUGUAUUUUGCUCCCAUACUUGGAGAUGUCUUAAAGUUUAUAUUGACAGCAACAAGAACCUAACUAACCUCCAAGAGUUAAUUGCUGAACAAACAGACAUCCAACACUCGGAUCAGCUGCUUAUAUUUGAUGGCCAACUGCUAAAAGACUGUGUUCAGCCUAUGCUACCCAUUCACAGCUACCCGGAUGGAAUUACGGCCAAUAACCCGAUAUUCUGCUAUAAUAGGGACUAUGAUGAUACAAAUACAUUCCCGCAACAUUUUAUAAAGGAGUUUCCAAAAUUCCACACCACAUCCCUAUCAGAAGAUUACUCCGUCUCGAAGCAGUGUUCAGCAAUAGCGUGUUUUAUUAAGAAGGAAGUAGAGCUAUACUGCCUUAAACAGGAUCUUAUGAGAAGAUCUGUGCACAUGUACAUAAAUGAGGUGUAUCAUGAAUGCGGCCACCUUGUUGAUUAUAAUUUGUUCCUGUCCAAAAACUGUGAUACCACGCUGAAGUGGAAAGAAAACUUUAUUCAAAUGUUCAGUAGAGAACUAAGAAUGAUCAAUCUGUUGACUGACACCAAUGACUCAGAGCUGCACUCAAUAUGUUUGGAAUUAACCCAAUUCUAUGAAAGCAGCAGACAAUCAACAGAUGAAGAAUCUAAAAAGAUAACUGAGCUAUCAUACCAAGUUCAGAGCCUUCUGUCCAAGCUUCAGGAAGAUCAGCUGAACAAGAAACAGUUAAAGAAACUGUGGAAUGAUUCUACGGGCUGUAAUUCCUCUGAUAGAUGUACCGCCAAGGUACAGGUAGUGGUGGAACAGAUAUUGAAGAUAAAACAGCAGUUCUCCGAAAACAGGAGGAAAACUUCAUUGAGCUUCAACGAUGAACAGAUCCAUAAAUACGAGAAGAGUCGACUAAGUGAAAACUGUGUUAAGAUAAAGUCAUUGUUCACUGACCAUUGUUUGGCGAAAUCAAAGGAGCAGUUUGGCAAUUUCCACGCCUGGUAUAGUAAGGGUUGUGAGAUGCGGGCAGUCAGUGAACACAUUGAAUCGAAACUGCUGCAGCUGGCUGAGCUGCUAGAGGACUUUAUAUCAAGACUGAACAGGAUGAGUUUGCGCUACAAAAGUGACAUUGAACGCUGCCUCAAUAAAGUAGAAAGCAAAAUCCAGAGACUGGACUUUAAUGCAGGGAAACCAGAGAGUUUUCCCCCUGUCAUGCGCUCGGAAAACGUCAUGAGUCGAUCCAGGUUGGAAAGUAAGACCUCAGUGCUCAGUGCACGGGAAGAGAGCAAAAGAAAAAGAUUUAUCAAGAUAAAGGAACUGCUGGAUGGAUUAAGUCUAAACAAGGACUAUGUGGCUGAGAUGAGAGAUGAUCUCAAGUCCCAGUCUGAGGCACUGAACAGUCUUUCAAGACAAUUUGAAAAGCUCGGACAAAGUGAUUCCUUGAUGAGUCAAUCUGUGAAGCCAUUUUGAGAACAAUCAUUAAAUAACAUCAUGAACAGAAUUACGUAAAGGUCCAGUUCGAUACAAGGGCUCUUUGGAAUUGAUUUCUAUAUUAGUUCAUCAGUGAACACGUUUUAGAAAAAAAUCAAUGAUUUACUCAAUAGAUACAUGUGUAACAAUCAAUUUACAACACACACAGAAGAAUACUGGAAGUUCAUUAUGAUACAAGGACUCUUUGGAACACCGCACUGGGCAAUGACAGAAUUGUUUACUUGAUUAGUUCAUCAAUAAGGCCGUUCUAGAAAUCAUCAAUGAUUUACUCUAUAGAUACAUAUACAACAAUCAAUUUACAACACAUAUAUAGAAGAAAACAGGAAGCUCAGUAUGAUGCAAGGACUCAUUGGAAUAUGGUACUGGGAAAUGAUAACUGACCAUUCAUUCAGUGAAACUGUUCUAGGAAUAAUCAUCAAUUAGAUUGGUACAUGUUGAAAAUCUUUCACAAAUAUGGUUUCGGGGUAAUAUGACAAAAUGAAUCCUUUAUGUGGUCAUUGGUGAAACGUGUCUAUCAAUUAUUGUUGAUAAACUUCAUACACCUACAUAUUGAAUAAACAUGCAAGUUCAGUUUGAUACAAGGCUGUUCAGUUUGAAACAAUGGCGUUCAGUUUGAUAUAAAGGGGUUCAGUUUGAUAAAAUGGCGUUCAGUUUGAUAUAAAGGCAUUCAGUUUGAUACAUGGCCGCUUAGUUUGAUACUUGGGCGCUCAGGUUAAUACAUGGGCUCUUAGUUUGAUACUUGGACGUUCAGUUUGAUACAUGGGCUCUUAGUUUGAUACUUGGACGCUCAGUUUGAUACAUAGGCACUUAGUUUGAUACUUGGGCGCUCAGGUUGAUACAUGGGCGCUUAGUUUGAUACAUGGGCACUCAGGUUGAUACAUGGGCGCUUAGUUUGAUACAUGGGCGCUCAGGUUGAUACAUGGGUGCUUAGUUUGAUACUUGGGCGCUCAGGUUGAUACAUGGGCGCUUAGUUUGAUACAUGGGCACUUAGUUUGAUACUUGGGCGCUCAGUUUGAUACAUGGGUGCUUAAGAAUACAUUGCAGGCAAUGUAUUAGGAGUACUUGCUUGGAAGGCAGAGAAUAUUACUCUUGAAGCAAAGGAGAUCUAGUUGCUAUUACGCUAGAGCAAAAUAGAACAGAAGCAAACUGAAUGCGAAUGUGUGUCACAUAUAUAAACGACAGUAUCACAUGCAAAAGUACAUUGAGAAAUAGCAUUGAACAGUGAAAACAAUGGCCGCAGAGAUUUCAUUUGUCAAACUUCAAGGUGAUGAUUGGAAACAAGAAGACCUGUGUUACUAGCAUGACAACCUACCUAGCAAUGGAGAAAAUGUUUUCAUGGGGGAAUUAUGCUGGAUUUGAGAUUGCCGAGUUGAAGCUCUUUAUUGUGGUUGUAAGUGAGUGACAAUAGCAAUAACAUGUAUGGAUUUGUGUUCAAUUUGAAAAGUACUGCAAUUUGUCAAAAACUUCAAACAAAGACUUGAAAAGACAUUGCCAUGCUGGUUUUCGAAUUGUUAACGCAGAGAACAUGUUUUUGCUCAAGGAAAAUAUAAGUAAAAAGUGCAAUGUGGCUCCGAUGAAUGUGUGUGAACGUGCAGACUACAGCAAUGUGUCAAAAACUUCAAAAGAAGACUAGAAACAUAUUUCGUUGUAGUAUUAAAACUCUGUGAUUUAAUAUUUUAAGGGAAUGUUAUGCAGAACUCAUUAGAACGGGAUGCAUUAAGUAAAAAAUAUAUGUGAAUACAGGAUUAUACAGGGUAAUUUCAAAGAAUUAAAUAAUUCGCGUUUUAUUUUGUAGGAUAUUGUCAAUCAUGACUCAAUGUUUUGAUUGAGCUUGAUUGCUUCAGUAAACAUGAUACAGAACCAUGAUUAUGAUGUAAGAUGUGUUGUGAAAAUGACAAGUGUUAAGCUGCAACUUUAAUACUGCCAAUGAUCUACAAAACUGUGCUGAAAUGAGUGGUUUGGACACAUACAAUUCUUAAGCACGAACUACUGUGGAUUUUUUUUCAGGAUUCUUGUGAUAUGUUUUCUUGAAUUUAUUUUCACAAUUAAAAUAAGGAUAGUGUUGUAUAUACGGAAUAAUCAAGACUUGAGGGACAUGGUGAUUAACAAUGUUGACCAUUGACAUGAAGCAACGGUUUGAUUUGCAGACAUGUUGAUAGCUAUCACUUUUAAACCGUUUUGGUGCUAAAAAAAUUAAGUUGUUGGCAAUGGCUUGUGAAAUACAGAUUUCUGAAACCAAUGACCUGAAGCAUAAACUGUUUGGCAUAUUGAUAAAAAAAAUCGAUUGAAUUUUGUAUAUAAUGCAAGGAGAUCAGUGAAGUCUGUAUGUUAAGAAACGUUAACUUGUUUAUAUCAUUCCUAUGUUUCAUGUACAUUGUAUACAUGUAUAAUGGUGUUUGAUGUUAUUUUCUCUCGUCAUUGUUUAGUUUAUUCUAGGGUGUGUUUUGUAUGCACAGCAUUAUAACUGAGAGUACCACAAAGCAUUAUGGGACAGCCCUCCUUACCUACGCAAUGCCCUUAAUCAAAAUAGAUCGUUAGACCUAGGUGCUGGUUUCUGCUAACAUACCAUCGCAUAGCGAUCAGUUGUGUAGCUUAAGCAACGGUAGGGCAAGUUUGAACAGUUGGAUAAGUAGAGAAAACACUAUGUUAUAAGAUAGAGGUUUUACCUUGGGCAUAAUAGAAUAAAUGUUGUGAUUCCAGUUAUCUGACUAACCCCAUAUUUAAAGCUGCACCCUCACAGAUUGACAGUUUUGACAUCUGUUUUGAUAUUUCAUCUCAGAAUCAGCUGAGAGAUAGAGUUAUGUUGAAAAGUUCAUUUUUCCUAAAGCAUUUUAGCCAUAAAAAAUAAUUUUUGGAACAGAAAUAUGACAAACUGCACCUGAUCUUUUGUAUCUCUCAGUGUUCUCCUGGCAGACAUUUGCACAAAAUAUGGCACAUAACAAAACAAAAAAUAAAAAAAGUCAAAACUGUCAAUCUUUGAGAGUGCAGCCAUCAAAAUUACAUGGACCAACACAAAAUAUAAAAUAAACACUAUAUAAUAAUUUUCUAAAGUAAAAGGUCUCCCCCUUUUCAACCUAGCCUGCUUUUAAGACAACGUUACCAAAAUCACAUCAUUUUUUGGCCGUACGGAAAAUCUCUACAUUAAUUCACCUGUCUCAUCCAUAGCUUUGUACACACUUCCUUGUAAUGAUAGAAAUAUGAUGCGCGCUUCAUCUUAAAGCUGCACAUGACUGCCAUGAACCUAACAAGCCCCCUUAUUUUGGACCCUUAGAAAUUUUAAAUAGCUUAAAUCAUUAUUGUGUAUGGUUGGAAAGUGAGAAAAACUAGUUUAAUUUUUAGCAUGAAUUUUCUAAAAGAAUAUUUUUUCUUGUCUUAAGUUGCUAUUUUGUAUAUGGAAGUUGUCUGUAUGAUAUUUACACUAAAAUAUUAUGAUAACUCAUUGUAAUUAUAUUUCAUUAUGUUAUUUAUUGUAGCGUAGAAGUCAUAUAUAAAUGUGAUGUUGAAAAUACUAGUAUAUAAUUAGUUUAGUUUGUUUUCGAAUGUUAAAACAACUUUUCAUAUAUAUGAAGGUAUUUUAUGUAAUUAUACAAAUGUACAAGCUAUUAAUAUUUAUUUUAUUUACUGACAGGUACCCAUGUAUACAGAAACUGACUGUUAGGCUUGCCUGGCUACAGGCUGCAAAAAAACUAACAAAAAUAAGCACCCUUAUUUUAUGAAUAUGUGUUUGUAGCUUGUCUGUAAAAUGUUGAUGUGUUUUAAUAAACAUUAACCUGCACAUACUUAACCAAUUUCUUCAUAAUCCUUCCUAGGGAAAUAAUAAGUCAUUUUAAAUCUUUGUUUUGUUAUAAACUGAUAAGGGACUACGCCCAAAAUAUGUAUUAAACUUAUUGACCUUGGCUGUUAUGGAAGAUAUGGGAAGUGAAAAUUAAUAAACAUGUUGCCAGAGAUAAUACACAUUUAUAGCAAGGACCACAACUCUGGCUUUCAUAAUUUCUUAGAUAUACCCCUGUUCAAAAAGCGAUCUAAAUUUACUACGCUUCAGGAGCAUAAGUAAACAACAUUGAACACGCUUUUGGGUGAAAUGUACAAAAAUGUUUUUCCGGUGUAAAUUUAUACACAAAUCGAUAAUUUUAGGUAUGGAAGAAAAAAUAUCAAUUAUGUUUUGCAAGUGCGGAUUGAAAAAUUCGACCCUAUUCCACACUGCCUGGCCAGUAACUCUGCGAGCCUCGUAACUGGCUUAGGAGCGUGCCCUCCGGUCUGAUUUUUCGAUCAGGAACAGGAAGACAAGAUAGAUACUUAACUCGUGUUGUUGUUUUUUAUUUUAUUUUUAAUAAUUAGUUUUUUUCGUUACACGCUUUGCACAUUCAUAUCAUGAUAUGUUAUGAAUGUCUUCUUUAUUUUUAAUAAUUUUUUCUGCUUGUAAUAUAGAUAUGGCUUUGUAUUUGAUUUUUUUUUAUUUGCAUUGAUUUUCUAUGUCACACUAGUCAAAUUUUAUUCAUUUAUCUCCAAAGGUCCGGGAAAUGAGUACAAACACUUGUAUAUUAAAAAUUUAGUUUCUGGGAUAUUAGUUGUAGUAUUUGCUUAAGACAAAUUUAAUCAAGAAAACAUAAUCCAGCUUACCCUAGGGUAUUCCAGAUGGGGGACUGCUUAGUAUAUAGCUCAAUAUAAUAGUAAACACAUAAUGAAAAUUGUCAGUGUCAGGUCUCAGGUUUUUUUGCAUCAGGGAAAUCCCUGUCAUUAUUAUUUCACCUUUCAUAUAUUGCCUUCGUAGUAUUUGUCUUUUAAUGACUGUGCCUAUUGAGAGACUAUUCUUUAAUCAGAAGAAAACAUCCGUCUUUUUUCAAACGCCAAAUUGAAGAUAAUGUGAGUGGUUAACUCUAGCGAUCCUUAGCAAUUUUUUUUUCGAAAAGUAAGAAUUACUUCUAACUAAAAUGAAGUUUAAUCUAUGAACUCAAUGUUAAAGUCUGUUUUGAAUAUGUUGGAUUAUAGGCUUUAGCUUGCUAAGAAGUUUAGUUAUUUUAUUAAGAUGACUGCUACUGUUUUUAUACAUUUUACUUUUUAAUAUGAACUAUUUACUUUGUUGUUUUUUGUACAUUAUUUAAAUCCGAAAAAAAUAUAUAGGAUACAGAGUAAGAUGGCAUUAUAUUUGACUGAGUGAGCACAAAAAGAUAUACUUCAUGAGUGGCUUUACUACAGAUGAAAUAUUAAACCACUUGUAUGAAGGGUGGCAUAUAGUAAUUGGGCUGUCUGUUCAUCCCUCCGUCUGUCCAUUUGCUCAUCCCCACAGGUUCAGAUCACUUACUUGUGAACACUUAUGCCCAAGGACCUCAAACUUGGUAGGCUAGCUGAUCAAGACUGGUAGAUGAACUCUAUUGAUUUUUAGGGUCAGUCAGUCAAAGGUAAAGGUGUUGGUGACCUUGCGCUGAAAAUCAAUUAUCAAUCAAUAAUUGAAGAAUGCUUGGGCCUAGGGACCUCAAACUUGGUUGGAAGGGAUAAACAUGAUAAAGCCCAUUCACUUACAUCAUUCAAUUAAAAGUUAUCCAGUGCUAGUUAAUUUGUGUUAACAGAUGUAUAUGACACGAUUGUAUUAUAUAAUAUGUGUUAUAUAAUAUAUGAUGGAAAAAACUAUAUAUUGAUAACUUGUAAAAAUAUACAUUCUGUAUUAUAUCUUACACUGAAUAAUUGUGUUUUGUGACUAAAAGAUUAAAAAAAUGAUAACUUGCA